AUGUGCUCCACCACACCCCAAAGAGAAGUUUUGCCCACCAAUGUGAAGCCAUUGCGCUACGACUUGACGUUGGAGCCAUUGUUUGACACCUUCACCUUCAAGGGCGACUUGACCAUCGAUUUGCAAGUCAAUGAUAAGUCUGACACCGUCACUCUCAACUCGUUGGAGAUAGAGGUGCAAUCUGCAGACGUCAAUGGAGAGGCUGUCAAGUCGACCUCGUUUGAUGAAGAUAAACAAACUGUUUCUUUCGCUUUGGCUCUGCUUUUGGAGCCAGGUGCUUCUGCCAAGUUGCACAUUGUUUUCACCGGUAUCUUGAACGAUAAGAUGGCUGGUUUCUACAGAUCUUCGUACACGGACGACAAGGGUGAAACCAGGUACUUGGCCACGACGCAGAUGGAACCCACCGACUGUAGAAGGGCGUUCCCCUCGUUUGACGAACCAGCCUUGAAGGCCAACUUUGACAUUUCUUUGAUCUCGGCUAAAAAUUUGGUCCACUUGUCCAACAUGGACGUUAAGGAGGUUGUGGAGUUGGAUGGCAACAUGAAGAAGACCGUGUUCAACACUACUCCCUUGAUGUCCACGUACUUGGUGGCCUUCAUCGUGGGUGACUUGAAGUACGUCGAGAACAACGAUUACGAGAAACCCAUUAAGGUGUGGGCCACCCCAGGCUCGGAGCACUUGGGCCAGUACUCUGCUGACAUUGCGGCGAAGACGUUGGCUUUCUUUGACAAGAAGUUCGAUAUCCCAUACCCCUUGCCCAAGUUGGACAUGGUGGCCAUCCACGACUUCAGCGCUGGUGCCAUGGAGAACUUUGGCCUUAUCACUUACAGAACUGUUGAUUUACUUUUGGACCCAAAAAACACCAACGUUAACACCAUGCAAAGAGUCACUGAAGUGGUAAUGCACGAGUUGGCUCACCAGUGGUUCGGUAACUUGGUAACCAUGGACUUCUGGGACGGCUUGUGGCUCAACGAAGGUUUCGCUACCUGGAUGUCCUGGUACGCUUGCGACUCCUUGUAUCCCGACUGGAAAGUGUGGGAAUCCUACGUCGCUGAUUCUCUCCAGCACGCUUUGACCUUGGAUGCAUUGAGGUCCUCUCACCCAAUUGAGGUUCCAGUUAAGCGUGCCGAUGAGAUCAAUCAAAUUUUCGAUGCCAUCUCUUACUCGAAGGGUUCGUCUUUGUUAAAGAUGAUUUCUCGUUGGUUGGGUGAGGAUGUGUUCGUCAAGGGCGUUUCAAACUAUUUGAAGAAGCACAAGUGGGGCAACACCAAGACCUCGGACUUGUGGGAGGCUUUAAGUGAUGUCAGCGGAAAAGAUGUGGUCAAAGUCAUGGAUAUCUGGACCAAGCACGUUGGCUUCCCAAUCGUCCAUGUCCAAGAGAGCGGCAAUGGCGAGUUGACUCUUACUCAGAACAGAUUUCUUGCCACUGCUGAUGUCAAGCCUGAGGAAGACGAGGUGUUGUACCCCGUUUUCUUGGGCUUGAAGACCUCCAAGGGUACCGAUGAAGCUGCUGUGUUGGAGACUAGAUCCAAGAAGAUCAAGCUUGACACUACUGAUGAUUUCUACAAGGUCAACGGUGACCAAUCUGGUAUUUACCGUACUGCCUACACUCCCGACCGUUGGGUGAAGUUGGGUGAUGCUGGUGUUUCCGGUAAGUUGACUGUGGAGGACCGUAUUGGUUUAGUGGCAGAUGCUUCAUCUUUGGCAUCUUCUGGUUUCAUCAGCACUACUGCCCUUUUGGACUUGGUCAAGUCCUGGUCUAACGAGGCUAACUAUGUCGUCUGGGACCAGAUUUUGACUUCCACUGCUCAAAUUAGAGCCGCCAUGAUCUUCGAAGAUGAGUCUGUCAAGGAAGCUCUCAACAUUUUUGUUGCUGACUUGAUUUCCAAGAAGCUUAAGGAAGUUGGUUACGAGUUUUCUGAGUCUGAUUCCUUCGCUGAUCAGCAAUUAAAGUCCUCCUUGUUUGGUGCCGCUGCUACCACUGGUCACAAGGAGGUUGUUGAGUACUCUCUUCAAGCGUUCCAGAAGUUUGUCGAUGGUGACGAGAAGGCAAUUCACCCCAACUUGAGAAGCGCCAUUUUCAACACUGUUGCCAAGCUCGGUGAUGAAAAGGCCUUUGACCAGCUCUACCACAUCUACACCAACCCACUGUCUGUAGAGGAGAAAAUCGCUGCUUUGAGAGCUUUUGGUAGAUUCAACGAUGAUGCUAUCCUCGACAAGGUUUCCAGCUUGUUGUUGAAGACCGAUAUCAUCAAGGCUCAGGACAUCUACAUCCCAAUGCAAGGUAUGAGAGCCCACAGGAAGGGUAUCGAACGUUUGUGGAAGUGGUUCACCGAGAAUUGGGAUGAAAUCUACAAGUUGUUGCCACCGGGACUUUCCAUGUUAGGUUCUGUGGUGACGCUUGCUUCAUCUGGCUUCACCAAAGUUGAGCAGAAGCUGCAAGUAGCUCAAUUCUUUGAGGGCAAGAACACUAAGGGUUUCGAUCAGAGCUUGGCCCAGUCUCUUGACCUCAUCACAGCCAAGGCCAACUGGGCCACACGUGAUGGCGACGUGAUUGCCCAGUGGCUAAAAAAGAAUGACUACACUGCCAAGCUCUAA